UGUGCACAAGCAACCACAGCUUGUAGUUAGUGGCAACGAGCCAGAUGAGGUCUGCUCUCCUCUCACUAUGUUUUCACUUGGCCCUUGCAGCCACACUGCUGGCUGCGAGUGCUCCUGGCCUUGCUUGUGGUAGGGUGAUCGACCCAAAACCACGACCCCAACCAACACCUCAGCCUGAUCCAAAACCGGUACCAGGACCUGAUCCAAAGACUGAACCCAAACCAGCACCACAGCCUGGCCCAAAGCCCGAACCACAGCCCGACCCAAAGCCUGAACCCAAGCCCGAACCACAGCCCGACCCAAAGCCUGAACCCCACCCAGCACCACAGCCUGGCCCAAAGCCCGAACCACAGCCCGAUCCAAACCCCAAACCAGCACCACAGCCUGACCCAAAGCCAGAACCACAACCCGAUCCAAACCCCGUACCACAGCCCAACCCAAAGCCUGAACCCGAACCGAAGCCGGAACCACAGCCCGAUCCGAACCCCACACCACAACCUGACCCGAAGCCGGAACCCAAGCCGCAGCCUGACGAUCCAAAUAACCCCGAUGCACAACCUGCAGGGCUGAAGCCGGAACCCCAAGCAGAACAACCCUCCUCAUCAUCGGUGGUGCAUGUUGUUCCCCGUCCGAGCACUAAACCCACACUAGAGCCCAAGCGUAAGCCAGAACCAAGCCCGAAACCUACACCUGAUCCAGAGCCUAGACCCCAACCUGAACCAUCCAAACCAGAGCCGGAGCCAACGCCAGAGCCAAAACCUCAACCUGAACCGUCCAAGCCAGAGCCCCAACCAUCAAAGCCGGAGCCAGCACCCCUCUCAUCACGCAUUGGCGCGGCCACUACCAUGGAAGGGAACUGAGACGGCUAUCGUCUAUGACCAAUGUCAAUGUGCAUGCAUGUGCAACCUAUAUGUACCUAGCUCUUGGCUAUGACCAAGCAAUGCGAUAGAGAGUUUGUGUAAGAGUGAGCUAUUUAUAUGUGUGUAGCAUUAUAUAUAUUGCUGUUUCUAUGGAUUUUAUCUACUAACGUUUUCCGUAUAUAUAUUUCCAUCAUAAGCAUGCAUUGGCAUAUACAUGCUAUAUAUGCUAAGUUUGUGUAUCAUCAAUGAAUAAAAGAAACAAGUAUUAUAUU